AUGGCGCUGCAGGCCAGGCCGACGCGGCGCACACGAACCCGGAACCAGGAAGCGGCGGCCGGGCUUGUGAAGGCGAUCCCUGGGCGCUGGAAUCCCGGGGGUUCCCUGGGGGUGGUGUUCCUCGUUCCCACUCCCCCGGCGGUCCCCGCGCCCGCCCUCCAGGGGCGGCCCCGGGGCCUGCGGGGAACAUGGGGGGUGCUCAGGGCGGGACUGUGCCCCGGCCUCACCGAGGAGAUGGUCCAGCUGCUCAGGAGCCGCGGGGUCAAGACAGUGAUGGACCUGGCCGCUGCAGACCUGGAGGAGGUGGCCCAGAAGUGUAGCCUGUCUUACAAGGCCCUGGUCGCCCUGAGGCGGGUGCUGCUGGCCCAGUUCUCAGCUUUCCUGAAUGGCGCUGACCUCUAUGAGGAACUGAAGACCUCCACUGCCAUCCUGUCCACUGGCAUUGAAAGCCUGGACAAACUGCUUGAUGCUGGUCUCUAUACUGGAGAAGUGACUGAAGUUGUAGGAGGCCCGGGUAGUGGCAAAACCCAGCUAUGUCUUUGUGUGGCUUCAAAUGUGGCCCACAGCCUGAAGCAGAGUGUCCUGUACAUUGAUUCUAAUGGAGGACUGACAGCCUCUCGCCUCCUUCAGCUUCUGCAGGCUAGAACCCAGGACGAGGACGAACAGGCAGCAGCUCUCCAGAGGAUCCAGGUGGCGCACGCAUUUGACAUUUUCCAGGUGUUGGAUGUCCUACAGGACCUGCGGGGUACAGUGGCCCAGCAGAUAACAGGUUCUUCAGGGGCUGUGAAGGUGGUGGUUGUGGACUCGGUUACAGCAAUGGUGGCCCCUCUUCUGGGAGGUCAGCAGAGGGAAGGCUUGGGCCUAAUGGUGCAGCUGGCCCGAGAGCUGAAGACCCUGGCUCGGGAUCUCAGCAUGGCUGUGGUGGUGACCAACCACUUGACCAGAGACAGAGACACUGGGAGGCUCAAACCUGCCCUUGGACGCUCCUGGAGCUUUGUGCCCAGCACCCGAAUUCUCCUGGACAUCCCCGAGGGAGCCAGAGCAUCACGCAGUUGCCUACGCACAGCAUGUCUGACCAAGUCUCCCCGUCAGCCAACAGGAUUCCAGGAGGUGGUAGACAUUGGCACAUCGGGGUCCCCAGACCAGAGCCUGGUGGCUCUGGGAGAGCAGAUGUGACUGGCAUUGUGGAUUGGAAAAGGGAGGCACUGAGGCUCUCCCUCUUCCCCCAUCUUUUCCUUCCUGGCAAACUGCUGCCCACUGCUUCCUAGCACCCGGGACCUCAGAAGCUCUCAGGCUGGUGGAAAAGACAUCUCACUCUGGAAGCCCAUGGAACCAUGGAAAGAUGCUGCAAUUGGAAGUGCCCAGCUGUGCUAUUUUGUAUUCUCUCUCUGUGUUGCCAGUGGAACUGAUUGACCCUGGUCCAGGCAUCUCUGAAGGACACUAAUGAUGAAUGAACAGCUCUAAGUGUCACCCUUUGAUCCUGUGUGAUUGAGCCAGGAAGCUAAACAGAGGAAUUUGCUGUUGUUUCUCUCCUUGUGUUUCUGUGUUGGCCUCUGUUUUUCCAUCUGUAAGGUGGAGCUGUCUCUGAGUUAGCUCUGAGACCGAGUUAGCUUAGCUUAGCUCUGUCUCUGAGUAACUAGGUAAGAAUAAUCUCAUUAAAUGUAUACUUCUUCA